CGCGGGCGCCGUCGGCGCUCGGGCCCGGCCCCGCGGGACUACGGCGCACGCGCGGACGCGGGUUGUGAGGGGCCGAGGCGCCGCCUCUGCCUCCCCGGGUCCCGGCGCGGCGCGCGGGGCGUCUCGUCGCGGGCUCGUGCGCGGGGCCUCGCUUCACAGGGCGUGGUUUCCCCUCACGUCAGAGCUUCUGAAGGAACAGGUGACAGACCAUGAGCGAUUCCGAAGACGAGGGCACCCCCCAGCUUUCUUCCCACGCCCUAGCAGCCCUGCAGGAAUUUUAUGCUGAGCAGAGGCAGCGCGCUGACUCCGGUGCCCACGACAAGUACGACCUUGGCGUCAUAGAGGAGAACUGGCAGCUGAGCCAGUUCUGGUAUAAUCAGGAGACAGCCCUGCGCCUGGCAGAGGAAGCUGUGGCAGCGGCAGGGGACGGUGGCAGAAUCGCCUGCGUGAGCGCCCCCAGCGUUUACCGGACGCUGCGGCGGCUGCACAGAGCCCGCUGCUCGGCCUGCCUCUUCGAGCACGACCGCAGGUUCGCCGGCCUCGGGGAGGAGUUCGUCUUCUACGAUUACCGCAGGCCGCUGGACUUCCCGCCGGGGGUCGAGGCCCACAGCUUCGACCUGGUCAUCGCGGACCCCCCCUACCUGUCCCAGGAGUGUCUCCGCAAAACGGCCCAAACCAUCCAGUACCUGACCCGGGGCAAGAUCCUGCUGUGCACAGGUGCCGUCAUGGAGGAAGAGGCAGCAAAGCUCCUUGGGGUGAAGAUGUGCAAAUUCAUUCCAGAACACACGCGAACCUUGGGAAACGAGUUUCGCUGUUACGUGAAUUAUGCUUCUGGGCUGGACCGCGAACUGUGAGUGCGUGGUCCCCCCGGGUGCAGUCAGGGACCCGGGUGCCACUCCCCUCUCUCUGUUCUCUUAGUAGAUUGAGAAGCUGGGGCCACCACAACAAACGGGGGCUCUCCCAGCCCGAUUUUUGGGGUAAUGAAGAUAACAUCUCAGUGUGAUUUCCUUCGUGACGUUCCUGGCUUUUGAUCACUUAGAUCUGUGCAAUAGGAGUUCCCUGGGAGCUCAGCAGGUUAAGGAUCCAGUGUUGUCACUGCUGUGGUACAGGUUCGAUCCCUGGCCUGGGAACCUCUGUAUGCUGUGGAUGUGAGCAAAAAAAAAAAAACAAACAAAAAAAAACCUGUGGAAUUCCAUCUGCAAGAAGUCACAUUCAAUCUACUGUCCUAACAUAAGAGCAGAAGCACAGGCAACUUAGGGAUUGCCCGGGACCUUGGCCUCUGUCUCAGGAGUAGGUCCCACGUCGGGGGCUGGGGGGGGCGUCCACCCACCCGAGUGUGCUUUCAGGACUGCGCCGUGCGCAGCUGGAGCUCAGGGUGGGGAUCGCGUUUAUUUCACAACCGUCUCCUAGGAGCUCAGAGCCCGGACAAGGCACCUUAAUGCCUGUUCAAUGGAUGAAUGUUCCAUCAGGGAGAAAAUGCAAAUAAAACGCAGGUUGCCUUUCCCCAUCUCGGAUGGAAAUCUGAGUCUUCCACUGGGGAUGUGCCGCCUGUAAGCGGCUGAGGUUAAAUUAUUAAUAGAAGGCGUGGAACAGCGGUGUUCGCCUCCUGCAGCCAUUUACACAUACUCUCCUCUGGCCUUGGCACUAUUUAUACCUGAGGAGUGGCUGGAAAAUGUUAGGCAACAGCAGUGACGGCUGCUGCAGUCAUCCCCAAGGUUGGAAGGGCAGUUUUUCUUUUCGAAUAUGUGGGUUUCUUUGUUGUUGUUGCUCUGAGCCUUGUGUUUUCUGGAGAAGAAUGUAUUCUAGAUGCACCCCCACAAGAGUCACCCCCCUUUUUUCCAGAGGCUCAAAAAUUCCCCAAACUGUAUGCAACUAUGCACAGCUACCACUCUCAGUUUUCAAUGUUUUAUUUGGAAAACCUGAAUUUUGCUCGGGGAUGUUUUUCCCUGCACAACCUCUGUCAGUAUUGUGUACAAGUUGAAAGCUCUCGUAAGCCUUCCGUCCAGAUUAAACCAAGGCCAAGGGUAUCAGAGGCAGGAGCCUGUCAACAGAUGCAGAGAGGCUGACGGUCCCAAGGCCCAACCAGAUCGGAAGUGUGACCUUAAUAGGAAGGGCGUUUCCUCUAAAAACUGAGUCCCUCAAAGCAGAGUUAGAGAUGCGCUCAGCCUGCGCCCUUCACUCCACUCAUUCAGUGACUGCGAAGUGCGCUCAGGACUCAGCCUAGCAAAGAACUCUGCCUUCAGGGUCAGACCUACUCCUUUAGGCUUAAGGACUCAGCUCCUGCUCAGGACAGAGAGAGGCUGCCACGCGCCACUUCUGCAGAAGUUAGGUAUGCCCACUUCUCCUCAAACUUGGCUAGUAAGCCAAGAUUUGGGUUCUGCCUGGGAGCUGGCCCAGAUCUCACCACCUCUUGCCCACAAAUCGGCCCCUAAAAAAUGGAAAGAAAAGUCUGUGCAGACCUGCGGCCGUUUCCAUCCUCACGGAUAAACCAGGUGCCGGGCCCUGGGGUAGCCGAGCCUGAGCGCCGUCUGGGGCAGGGCGGGGUCCAUUCAGGGACCCAGGCCACAGGCCAGCCAGAGGGGCUGGGACCUCCGCUGCGCCUCCAAAAAUUCUGACAGAGGAAGUGCAGCUCAGGGUUGAUAAAAGGGUCAUAUGUCAAGGAAAAAAUGGCUGAUAGACCUGCUCAAGUGGCGAAUAUAAAAAUAUUUUCUGCCCCUAGUGAAAAUGGCUUAAAAAAAAAGUAUAUAUUCUACUUUAAACAAGAUUUUUAAAGCCCCUGUCAUCUGCCUUGUGGGGCCCUGGUGCCCCGACAUGUCCCGGCUGUCUUCACCCACCGCCCCGCCGCGGGGAGUGGGGCGCCCCAAGGGGCCGCAAAAACACAGCACUUGGUUCUUGUCGGUUGCACCGUCCCGUGCAUCCCGCCUCUGAGGCUCCGCGGGCCCGGGUGGCCUCAGGGCCGGGCCUGCUUGUCCAGGCCGGAGGGGACGCCGCCCGCCUCUUGCUGCUGCUGCUGGGGGACGCAGGUGCAGCCCACGGGGACCGUGACAUACUCCUCGGUGUAGACGGCGCGGCCGCCCGCACAGGCCGGGGUCCGGCGCAGCACGACAGCAGGCACGAGCACCGGGGCGCUGCGCAGCCGCAAGUCCUCGGCCCCCGCCGGCCCGGUCAGGCAGCCCCGGCACAGGCAGUAGGCCUCGGGCAGGUACUUGGGGAAGCGGCCCGGGUCGUAGGAGAUCCUGCGGGGAGAGAGCACGGUUAGUCCCCACGGGGCAGCCCGGGCACGAGGGUGACGCACAGAACACGCGGGCUGGAUGGGUCACCCCGCCGCUGGCUCCACACAGACGCCCAGCUAGACCACCAUGGCCUGAGCACCGCUGCCCUUUAAGCAGGGACCAGUUUACCAGGGCAUCUGGGUCACUCCCUAAAAACGCGUUCCGCCUCGGCACCGACGCGUGGAGGAAAGGUCUACACUGCUUGGAACUGACUGCACACCGCGCAAUGCCAGGAAUCGACUCCGCCAGGAGCCACCCCUCCAGCUCUGAGGGGGCUGCUGGGGCCACUUCUGCACCGAGCCCUACCAACAGCCAGGAGCAAAGGCAGGUGCGAGAUGCGCUGGAGGCCAGCAGGUGGGCCACAUGCCCUCCUGCGUGUGAGACGAGGCUGAGUCUCGUGGGGGGAGGGAGCCAGGAAGGCCGCCCCCCGCCCGGCAGAAAGCCCAUGAUGGCCUGAGCCUGACCACUUUCACGUCCUCCAAGUCUCCCUGCACCCAAGUGUCGCCUCCUCCCUGAGCCUACGGCUGCCUCCCGCCCCCCAAAGCUAAGAGGUCCCUAAUGGGGACCCUAACAUGCCCUUGCAGGGGGACAGUGGCCCCAUCUCAUGGGACUGCCACGACUCCAAAUUCCUUUCCCUUCAUCUGUCCUCUGAUGACUGUUUCUCUUCUGAAGCUGAGUCCUAGCAACUCCCAAGUCUCGGUGUCACAACUGUGACCUCUGACCUUUCAAGGGACACAUACAUCCAUCCACACGCCACGCCUGGGAAGGCGAAAAGUGCUAGCCCGACGGGAGCCUAGGACCGAGGGAGUGAAUGAGAGGCACCCAAGGGCUCUCGAACCCAGGACAGGCUCGAAGGCAGGGCGCAGCCAGGCUUCCAGACGCUUCCAGUCCCCCGGUGUGCCAUCACUGCUAAGGACUGCAGUGCAUGCACGAACCGAGGGGUUUCCAGCUGAGGGGGACAGCCAUAUGGCCAGCUCCAGGCAGGCAGGCAGGGCCACCUGAACAGGGAGGCAGAACAGUAAUGCCAUCCAGCGUGGGGGAAGGGCUGGCCCAGAGGCCUCCCCUGAGCAGCUUGACCAGCCUGAGGGCAGCCCGUGGCCCCAGACAUGAAAGAAAGUCCGUGGGUUUCUACGUCCAGUGUCUUCAGACAUUGAUGCCAGAAGAGCCUAGAAGUGGUAUCUUUCCUGCAACCACAGAGGGGAGGUGGGGCCCAGAGAGCAGACGGGCGACUCCUGUGGCGGGAGGAGGGCAGGAAGGGGGAGGUAGUGCUUAAACUCAGGGACCCGGCCCAUCCCGCAGCCCACCAUGUGGACCUGGGGAGGGCUCAGGAAGCGGGGUGGAGUAGGCGUGGGGCCCUCCAACUUCUCAUUGCUGCACCAGGAGGGAGGGCUCUGUACCGACACCAGGGGUGGGUACUGCCCGGGAUGCCAGCCGCCUGCCACCAGGGUGCUUAGAGCCGCGACGCCAGCCAGGAGCCCCUCCAACGUGCACACACACAGCUGAAAACACUGUAACGUCUCGCCGCUCUCCCUCUGCUGCCUCUGCAAGAACUUACUCUUCCAGCCCCCGGCCCCCGCCUCCCACCCCCGUCAGCCCAGGCACAGGCGCAGGAAGACCAAGCACUGCAGCUUUGCCUCCAAAGGCCUCCGGGACCUGGUCCUCACCCCGCCUUCCCAGCAGCCUUUCUGCCUCCUCCCAGGGCGGGACCCUGGGCAGGGGCCACUGCCAAGUAUCUGCUCCGAUCCGCCUCAGUUCCACGCAGACUUGCCACGUGUUAAGGUUCAGGGCAAGUCGUCCAUACCCUGGCCUAAGGAAGUCUGAACCCUCCUGAGUCUUUGAGCCAGAACUGCACACCGUCUUCCCCUGGAGGGUAAGGACUCGGCCUGAGGCUCCGCCACCCCCCCCCAGUGCCCCCCGUGGAGGAGGAGUUCAGGACUCCUCAGCUGCCUGAGGUCAGUCUAAGACCCUCACUGAAAAUUACAAGGGAAAGGCAUUUAUAUCCAAUCCCGUUCAACAUUAUUCAACAAACACCUGCGUGCCCACGCUUCAGGCAGUGGCAAUGUAGCUGAAAUACCGUAAGGACCUGCCAUCCGAGGACUCCCACUGUGGGGGGGGGGCAAACAGUCACGCCGCCAUGGCAGCACAGGGGGCUUCCGGGCAAAGUGGUACCUGCACGGAUUCAGCGGGAUGAGGAAGGGAGGAAGGGCGUUAGGGCAGCGGUCAGAGCCUGGAUUGGAAAGCCCAUGGCUGAGUCACAACCGCAGCACAGGAGAACUGAAGGGUGGGGCUGGAGCAUCUGAGGCGGAGGUGGCCGGGACCCUGAAGGCCAGGGGAUGGCGGAGCAGGCGGCCCAGCCAGCAGGUCCCGCAGGCCAGAGUGAAAGACGGUCUGAAGCCCAAGGGCGCACCUGGCUGAAGGCGGACGGUAAUCACGAGCAUGUCGACAGAAGUUAAAAAAGCUCACUCAUGGGAGUGUGGAGAGAUGCCGAAAAAAGAAACGCAAAGAGCCUUGAGAAACCAUCGACAGAAGCAAAGGGCAACCCACUAGGGGGGAGACGAUUUGUACAAAAUCCACCUGAUGGGGUUAACCCAGAAUAAACCCAAAGUCACAGACGUCAAUACCGUUACUGAGACCUGAAGAGACAUUUUUCCAAAGACGACAUACAGAGGUGGUCACUAGGCACAUGGCAGGGUUCUCACCGUGGCCCAUCAGGGAAACGCAAAGCCAAACCACAAGCAGGUUCCCUCACAUCAUCGGCAGACAAGAAGUAACAGGUGUUGUGGACACAGGGACCCCGUGCACUGUUGGCGGGAAGGGCAGCUGGUGCAGACACUGCGCAGAACAGCGUGAAGAGGCCUCCAAAAGUUAAGCAGAGCUGCUCUGUGAUACAGCGAUUCCCUCUGAAGAAACAAAACACUCCCUUGAAAAGAGGUAUGAUCACUGCAGCAUCUACGGUAGGUGAGUGUCCGCCACGGAGGAGCAGAUGAGAACACGUGGUACGUACCCACACACCCUGGAGUAUCACUCAGCCGUGAUAAAGGGUGGAGUCUUGCCAUCUGCAACCACACGGAUACACCCCGAAGGCAUUAUGCUAAGUGAGAUGAGUUAGAAAUACGAACACUAGAGGGUCUCACUCAGACGUGAAAUCUAAACAAAAAACAACCCAGUCGAAGAUACAGAGGACAGACAGGUGUCUGCCAGAGGCGGGGGAGGUGGUGGCAAAUGGUGCAGGGGUCAGAAUAAGUCCUGGCUCCGCGUGUGACACGGCAGCUAGUUCACGGCACCGUACUGCAAACCUGAUGGCUACUGACAGGGUUGUUUUGUUUGGUGGCAUACGAGGCACAUGGAAGCUCCCCGGCCAGGGACUGAAUCCGAGCCACCUCUGGCCACACUGGAUCCUUAACCCACUGAGCCACAGCAGGACCCCCGGGAGGUGUGAACUCUUAAGUGUGUCAAUGGCGGUGUGGUUUUGUUUAAUACAGAGUCCUUUUCUUUCCAAGAAACUGCCAAACUCACAGGCGUGUGUACACAGACACGAACAGACAACGUGGCCGCUGGAUCUGCCACGGCGGGUCAGCAGGGCCCUCCGUUCAGCCCAGCCUGACAGACCAGGGGGAGCACGGGGCAGCCGUGCAGGGGCCGCCUUGAAGGCCGAAGCCAAGGUCUGGAUCUGCAGGUCACGGGAACACGAGGGGGGAGCUGACAGGCUGGGCUGACUACGGUGUAGACGCGGUGCGGGGUGGGAGCCCGCACACCCUUCAGGCGGCUUCCUCGCCCUGGACCCGAGGCUGAGCGAGGGCAUCAAGAUCCCUGCCCAACAAGCGGGGUUUCUCUGAACACAGGUGACAGUCCCCGGGUCACUUGCUGGUCCCAGAUGUUUGGGCGGGUCAGAGGCUCACGCGGUGAUAACAUCCACCCCACCCCGCCAGUCGGCCGGAGGGACUGAAGUUCCCACUGUCACCGGCCACCUCCGGCCACAGCUCCGGGACGGUGAGACUCCUGCUCCCCCUCCCCCACCUCCGGGGAUGCGGUCGACGACAGUCCGAGGGGGAUGCCGGGCACACAGCCACCUGAGCCCCAGCACCAAGGGUGGGCCCACGGCUCCCCUGGAGAACAGCCGCUGGGUCAGGAGCAACAUCUAGAAGCCUCGGGACGGACGCAGAGCCAAGCCCCCACCCCAACCUCCCGGGCACCUCCUCGGCCAGGCUGCCUCUGGGUAAAGCAGGCUGCCACGGACACAGUGUCCAGAACCAUCAGGGGUCCCUUCUGUCACCGAACAAGAGCCUGUGGGCUGCUCCCUCCGCUCGGCCUCAGCCUCCAGUCCGGCCGCGGUGCGCCUGGCGGGGACGUGGGCAGGAUGGGCCCUGAGGGUACCGCUUGGCCAGAGGGAGCGACAGCUGGGCCGGCUUAAUCCAGGAACAAAGGGCAAUGAGGAGAGGUGACAGAAACCCGGCCCGGGGGAACGCGGGACAGCAGGGCCAGGGGGAGAGCUGCCCGGGCCCUGAGCCGCGUAGGAAACAAUUCGAAGCGCUCUGGGAGGUUGGCGAGCCGUGCAGGGCAGCGCCGGGCUCAGACCCACACAACUGGCAUCUUUACACACAAACCCACCUCCCCACUUGGCAGAAGACAUGAGGAGCGGCAGCUCCAGCAGCAGAGGCUCAGGAUGACGGCUUCGUCCCCAGCGCCCUGAGCCCCCGGGCGCAGUGCAGAGAUGGGCCAAGGUCAACAGGCCUCCUCCAGGGUGGCCUGGAGGGAGCAAGAGGCCAGCCUACAGCUUUGAUCCGACCUAGGUGACACUGCCUUGCUGGCGCUCUGCACAGUGGAGGGGUGGCUUCUUGGUGACAGGACUAAAAACGCGCUACUUUAGCCAUGGCUUCUGCUUAGAAAAGACACCCGUGGUCCACGGAGUUUCCAGGGGCUCAGGGGUCUCCAGGUCAGGCCACACCCGCGCAGACUCCCACUUCCCUCAGAACCUGGCCAGCUGGCCCUGAGAUUCGGGCCGAGAAGCACGUAGACAGUUUGGAGGAAACUGUCUACGUGCAGACGGGGGGGGGGGGGUCUCUCCAGCAGAUGCUGUAACGCUGGCAGUUCUGAGGGUAACCGGCUCCCUCCCCAGGAGCCCAGGUUUCUCCGGCACGUGGGCGCCUGCAGGAAGGCAGAACCGAGGUUUCCAAACUGGUUCAGAACCGCGUGGGGCCCGUGAAAAGCAGAUUCUCACACUUCACCCCCAAUCUGGAACCCCGCUUGCUGGAGGCCCCAGCCCAGACUCCACGGCCAAUGGGAAACUGGGUGCGUGUCCCCAGCCCCCUGCAGUCUCGUGACCUCCCCACAAGGACUCCCAGGCCAAGGAGUCUACUGCACAGGACUGAGGAGUCUAAUGCACAAGGUCUUAGCUCUUUGCUGGAGGCACAAACAGGCUGCUGGAUCUCAGGAUUUGACCACUGUCCCCUCCCCAGGUACAGGGCUCAAGUGGUGGGGGGGUCAGAAAAACACCAGGGAUCCCUCACCUGCUGAGCCCCAGGCCUAACAGGUCACUGACACCCCAUCUGUUCCUCCUGGACAGGCCCUGCCAUGGGGGUGGGGACAGGCAGCCAGUGGGGAGGGAGGGCUGCAGGCAGGGGACUGGGGACAGGAGACCACGGACCUGCCCGCCCUCCUGUCACUCCGGGCACCACUGCCAGGGCGCCCAGAAAACUGCCCUCCACCUGACAAAACCCGAGUGUGAGCCUCCCGGGGGAGGGGACACAGAUAGACUCUGCUGGCCAAGGACACACAGGGGUCGGGCCAUCUGGGGCCGAGGCCAUCCUGCAGCACGAAGCUUGGCAUCAGGGCAGCCCUGACAUGAAGCCAGGAAUGCCACCAGAGCCAGAGCCAUACAGACACCCCUCCCUCGGCACCCCCAGGGCGGGCCUGCACCAGCACUCAGCCAGGCCCCUGGAAAAGGGUAAAAGCUCGGAUUCCACGAAGGGUCUCUCUGCUCAUCUGGCAGCUCAGGGCAGACAGACGAACCGCCUGGAAGAGAAUCCAGGGCAAAAGCUCUGCCGAGGGACCAAGAGAUGGAGUGAAUAAGCCGAAUUUCUCAAAGUUCUCAGUGUGGCUCAGAUGCCACACAUGCAGGGCAGCUGGGGGAGUCUCUUCAAAGCAGAACAGCUCUCACCCACGGGACGCGCGCCGCCGCCAGGGAAGCCGCAGAAUCUGGGCUCGGCGCCACCUUGGUGCCCGUCCUGGGCGCUGGCGGGCGGAGGUCACAGGGCCUCGAAGGGCCCGCCAGGGCAUUUUCCCCUCGACCACACCGGUCGGGGCGGCCCCCACGAUCUCCACAGCCUCCCGGCCCUUCCCAGCAACGAACACUCGGAGGGAUCCACCGGCGUCCUGGCGCCUCCGAGUCAGGAGCGCAGACACUGGGCUCGAGCGGGACCGGGGGGCGACGGCGGCAUGGCCGGUCACGCGGCAGGACGUGAGCAGGUGGCUGACCCAGGACACUCAGGGCGACCCGGGCAGACCUCUCACCUGUCACAUCCCCGCCGCAGGACAGCUGGGGCUUUGCGUGCCAGGGCGCCUUUUCUACCCGGCGUGGAGGCCACGCCCCAGGUGCCCGCGGUCUCCGCUGGGGACACCCGCUCCUUCCCCCUCCUCUGCCCCUCCUCACGGAGAGCACAGCGGCGCUGCGCGGGGCUGCACCGCACACACGGCACUGGAAGCCAGAUGGCUGUCUGGGCUUUACAACCUCAGGACCAACGAGCGCGGAGGCCGGGACCUUGCCGGGCGCGUGGAGAUCCCGGCGGGCUGGAGGGAGGGCGGCCGGUGCUGCCCCCUGCCGGCCACCUGCCGGGCCGGCAGGCUCCCGCCCGGCCCGAGGGGACCUGGGGCCCGAACACAGGUCUGAGCUGCCCACAGGGAGCGGGGAAGCAGAGAGAAAGACCGGAGGGGACACGGGGCUCGGACAGUUGUAAGAACUUGAUCCAGGGCACCGCCUCAUAGUGGAUGCGACGAACAGGUGACACUGCUGGGUGGGGGGGUAAAUACCCUUCCUACCUCAACCCUCCCGGGACCCUGCUGCUCAGCAUCCAGGGACGGACCUGUGGGCAUCUCGUUUCCCAGCCUGGGGCGGUGUGACCUCGUGCCCCCACGAGCUGGAAGCUGAGGCCGCCGCGCCCAUUCCUGAGUCACCAGCUGGAAGUUCUGGGAACAGAGAGUAGUGCCAGCCAGGCCCUCGGAGGGAAAAUUCCAGGCUUCCAGACACUUCCUAACUCCCCCCACCCCCGGCCCAUCCACCCUGUCUGCUCCUCUUCCAUCACCUUGCUGGCUGUUCGCGGAGCUGCUUGCUGCAAAACAAAUGUAGCUGUAGUCUCUUCAAUUCCCAGGAGGAAUUUAUAGAGAAAAGUAAUAAAGCCUAAAAAUAAACGGUUGUGAAAAGUCUUUACACAACUACACAAAACUGAAAAGCAUCCACAAGUCAACAUUACUUAGAGAGUUGGUAGGCGUCUCUCUUUGGGGUUUCAACAGAACUGAGGGCUGUGUAUCUUUAAGCCUUAAUAAACCUCAGUGUUUUUACAGUAUGUUUCUCAUUAUGUCAGUAUGGCUUAAAAAACCUAUUGAGCCAUCACAUUCAUUUUAUUUUUGGCCUAUUUGUUGCUAACUCUUAAAAGAAACAAACAUGAUGCCACAAAGUAAAUGAGACCGUAUGUUGAUACUCUGGAGGCUGAGUGUUGCUUUUCUAACAGCCCAGCAGUGCGGGCACAGCCAGCAGAACAGGAGCGGUCAGGCCUGGGUGUGGCUCCCCCUGCCUGGCCCCCACCGAGGGCAUCUGAGGGACUUUGCCAGGAGCCCCUGGUCCCCCCGAGCCCCAGCUCUGGGUCAAUCAUAGGCUGUCGUGACCUGCUGACACUUUGCUGCUUCAGCACCUGCUCUCUGCUCAUGACUGGUGAAUUUCCCGCUCUGCGCUCAAUUUGACACGUGAGAUGCUGGCCCUUAUGCGGAGCUUGGCCGGGAUGGUGGAGCAGGAAGAGCCCGGCUUCCCGCCCCUCAGAGGCACACGAAAAUGACCCCGUUUCUCUAGGGAUGAAUAACGACGGAACGAAGGAGCCGGUCGGAAGGGAAGUGGCAGUGCAGUCACGUCCCACGCCCCCCAGACAGGCGACCUGCAAAGCAGGAGGUUCCCGGCAGGGGGCGAGGGGUCUGAGCGCCACCAGGGGCCUGGCCGGGGCUCCUGCACCGGGGGGUUGGCCCCCAGCUGGCUCUGAAGGCCGGGGUACCAUCGUGCGGGAGAGCCAGGGGCUGGGGACAGGCCCCACCCUGACAGUGCGCACAACCUCACACGCUCUGGGACCAGCAGACAUGGGCAACUUGAGCGGAGCCUGGGCCAGGCCUGCUGCUGAUCUUGGAGCAGCUCCAGAGGCUCGGCAAUGCAGCCCCACCCUGCCCCGGCCGGGACACUGGGAAGGCCGUUUUCAGAGCUCCUACCUACCCCAAGGAUGCUGAGGCUGGCAGGUGCCAUGGUGGGUUCCCCCCCCCCCCCGCUCAUCAGCCCAUUGCACACCCACCAGCCUGAAGGUACCAGUGUUCCUCACCAAGCAACUAACUGGGCAGAGACACAGCCCUGCCCGCCAGCAGACAGGCUGCUUUAGGAGGCCCUGAGCCCAGGGCCAUCUCUGGAUGCAGCCCCGCCCACCACAGGGCCCAGGACCCCAGCCCCACCCAGACCCUGGGACCCUCAGGGCCCUGCGGUCAGAGAUCUGGGGUCACACCUCUGCCCACCACAGGGCAGGCAACUAGCCUCAGGACCCCUUGGGCCCCAGCCCUGCCCUCCAGCCUCACAACCAGCCUGGGACGCCCCAGGCCCCGACCCUGAUCACCGGCCCCAAAGCUGCCGAGGCAGGAUGCAGCCCACCCAGAGCAGGACAGCACAAGCUCCCACACACCUGGGACCCCUCAGCCAGCCUCCCAGGACCCAGCCCCACUCAGCAGCAGGCCAGCAACAGCUUCAGGCCACCCCCAAACCUGCAGCCAGCCAGGUUAGAAGGAGGCUCCAACAUGAGCAGGCCAAAACUAGAUCUAGGGCCCCACAACAAGCCACCCGAAUCUAGAAUCUGGCUUCACGAGUGAGAGGGCCAGCACUUUCCCCAAGACCCCCAGCCCCACAGCCUCUUGACCAAGGGCUACCAAAAAUGGCAAAGAGCCUCCACACAGAUGGAGCGUGGCUGCCAACAAUCCCAGGGGCCAGCAAGGCCUACAGACAACCCAGAGUAGUCGCCCUGACACAGCAGAAGCACGCAUACAGCCCACACAGGGGGCCCCCCAGAACAUAUGCUCAGGUGACCAGAGGGGACUGUGCUCCUGAGACACACAGGAUGUGUUCCAAAAGGUCACUUCUCCAAGGUCAGAAACAGCCACCUCACCAGAUACAUGGAAAUAAAAAUAGCAAAGUAGGCAAAAUGAAGCAACAGAGGAAUAAGUUCCAAAUUAAGGCAAAAGAUAAAAACCCAGGAGAAGAACUACAUGAAGGGGAGGCAGGACAUCAGCCCAACCGAGUUCAAGGUCAUUACCAGAAAGGUCAAAGAACUCAGGAGAAGAAUGGAUGUGUGCAGUGAGACAUUAGAUGUUUUAUACAAAGAGUCAGAAAAUAAAAUCACCAGAGAUUAAUAACACAAUAACUGGAGUUCCUGCUGUGGCUGAGCAGCUUUAUGACCUGACGUUGUCUCUGCGAGGAUGCGGAUUCAAUCCUCAGUGGGUUAAGGCUCCAGUGUUGCCCCAAGCUGUGGUCAGGGUCACAGUAUCUUAGAUCCGCUUGUGGCUGUGGCAUAGGCCAGCAGCUUCACCUCCAAUUUGAUCCCUAGUCUGGGAACGUCCAUAUUCCACAGGUGCAGCCGUAAAAUGAAAAAAAAAAAAAA